AGCUCACACAAAAAAAUGGCUUCUCUUCUGGGAACUUCUUCUUCCGCAAUCUGUGCGUCCCCUUCUCCUUCUUCUUCCUCAACACAUUCGAUCUCUCCCAUUUGCUUCAGGCCUGGGAGAGUCUAUGGAAGAACGUUGUAUGCAGGAAUCCAAAUAAAGCCCAAGAAGAACAGGUCACGUCACCAUGUCUCUGUUAUGAAUGUAGCCACAGAAAUCAACUCCACUGAACAACAAGUAGGAAAGUUUGAUUCAAAGAAGAGUGCUAGGCCGGUUUAUCCAUUUGCAGCCAUUGUAGGCCAAGAUGAGAUGAAGCUAUGUCUCUUGUUAAAUGUCAUUGACCCCAAGAUCGGUGGUGUGAUGAUAAUGGGAGACAGAGGAACCGGGAAGUCCACUACCGUCAGGUCCUUAGUUGAUCUCUUGCCCGAGAUUAAGGUUGUUGCAGGUGACCCUUACAACUCUGACCCUUUAGAUCCUGAGUUCAUGGGUGUUGAGGUAAGAGAGAGAGUUGAAAGAGGAGAGCAGGUGCCUGUUAUUGCCACUAAGAUCAACAUGGUUGAUCUUCCACUGGGUGCAACUGAAGAUAGAGUUUGUGGAACUAUCGAUAUCGAAAAGGCUUUAACAGAAGGUGUCAAAGCCUUUGAGCCUGGUUUGUUGGCUAAAGCUAAUAGAGGGAUACUCUAUGUGGAUGAAGUCAAUCUGUUGGAUGAUCAUUUAGUUGAUGUGCUUCUUGAUUCUGCUGCUUCUGGUUGGAAUACAGUUGAGAGAGAAGGGAUCUCCAUCUCUCACCCGGCGAGGUUUAUCUUGAUUGGUUCUGGAAAUCCUGAAGAAGGAGAGCUUAGGCCACAGCUUCUUGAUCGGUUUGGUAUGCAUGCACAAGUAGGGACGGUUAGAGAUGCUGAUUUGAGAGUCAAGAUUGUUGAAGAGAGAGCUCGGUUUGAUAGUAACCCAAAGGAGUUUCGUGAUACUUACAAGACCGAGCAGGACAAGCUUCAAGACCAAAUUACAAAUGCUAGAAGCUGUCUUUCUUCUGUUCAGAUUGAUAGGGAACUGAAGGUGAAGAUCUCUAAGGUGUGUUCUGAGCUCAAUGUUGAUGGGUUGAGAGGAGACAUUGUGACUAACAGAGCGGCAAAAGCACUUGCGGCUCUUAAAGGGAAAGAUAGAGUAACUGCAGAUGAUGUUGCAACUGUUAUCCCUAACUGCUUAAGGCACCGUCUCAGGAAAGAUCCGUUGGAGUCUAUUGAUUCGGGAGUUUUGGUUUCUGAGAAGUUCGCUGAGUGUAACAAAGGCCAUAGCGUUUUGCCGGUUCUGGUAAAACUAGUGUGGAACAACUUCUGUCAGCCAAGAAGGCAAGGUGGUGCAGUUUCUUACCUCCAUGUCUCUGUUACGACGGAGAAGAUUCGUAGAACCCUGAUAAUCAAAAGAAGGCAAUGUUACGGCGCAAAAGUCAACUCCGUUGCCGGAACUCGAACCCGGGUCUCUCGGGUGAGAGCCGAGUAUCCUGACCAGCUAGACUACAACGGAUUUGAUGUUGGUUUAGCGUUACCUAGUAAUUAUUUGGAUAAUCGAAAUAUGAUCUCUGAUAAACCAACCUCCCACCGUUAA